AUGGGGCCACCUCCUCAGUCUCCUCCUCCUCCUCCUCCAUCAGACCCACCUGAGAGCCCUUCCCUUCCACUGCCACCUGAUCAACCGGUAACCCCACCACCACCCGAGCCGCCUCCCCAGCCACCACCUAGCUCACCACCACCUCCUGCGCCAGUUCCUACAUAUCCACCUCCACCUCCAUCUGUACCAAUAGACUCACCUCCACCUCCUGCAGCGGUUCCUCCUCCACGACAUUCCCCUUCUCCACCUGGCCCUGACCGUCCUGCUCGUUCUCCCCCUCCUCCACCUGUCCCUGACCGUCCUGCUCGUUCUCCCCCUCCUCCCCCUCCACCAGUGGCAAUACCCCCAAAUGAUGCACCUCCUCCUCCCAGGAGAAGUCCAGGCCAGCCAGCUUCUCCAUUGGCUCCACCACCUCCAAAUUCUCCUGUAACACCGAUACUGUCCCCUCCUCCACCACUUAUAGGCCCACCAUCUCCUCCUCAAAUCCCUACACCUGGUUCAAAUAAUCCACCUCAAAACAACCCUAGUCCUAUUGCUCCAGACACAGACAGUUCUGUUCCUUCCAGUAGUAGUGGCAUCGACACAGGAGCUGUCGUGGGUAUCAGUGUUGCUGCGGGGCUUGUGCUGUUCAGUCUUAUUGGACUCCUCGUUUGGUGUUUGAGGAGACGAAAAAGGCAGCUUUCCACGAUUGGUGGUGGCUAUGUCAUGCCAUCGCCAAUGGGCUCCUCCCCAAGAUCAGAUUCUGCGCUUUUCAAGAUGCAAUCUUCAGCACCACUUGUAGGAAGUCAUUCUCGAAAUACUUCGGGUUAUUCACAAUCAGAACCCGGUGGCUUAGGCCAUUCAAAGGCUUUGUUCUCGUAUGAAGAGCUUAUCAAGGCAACUGCUGGAUUUUCGUCUGAUAACCUUUUAGGUGAAGGUGGAUUUGGUUAUGUGUAUAGAGGGAUCUUACCAGAUGGGAGAGUGGUUGCAGUGAAGCAACUGAAAAAUGGCGGAGUACAAGGAGAUCGAGAAUUCAAAGCCGAGGUCGAAACUAUUAGUAGAAUACACCACCGGCAUUUGGUUUCAUUGGUCGGAUACUGUAUUUCUGAAAACAGGGGAUUGCUAAUUUAUGAUUAUGUCCCUAACAACAAUCUUUACUUCCAUCUUCAUGAGUCAGGAGGGCCGGUAUUGGACUGGGCAACUCGUGUCAAAAUCGCUGCUGGUGCAGCUCGUGGCAUAGCUUAUCUUCAUGAAGAUUGCCAUCCACGAAUCAUUCACAGAGACAUUAAGUCAUCCAACAUCCUUUUAGACAACAACUUUGAUGCUCGGGUAUCUGACUUUGGUCUCGCAAAGUUAGCUCUCGAUGCUAAUACACAUGUCACAACCCGUGUUAUUGGAACAUUCGGUUACAUGGCUCCUGAAUAUGCAUCAAGUGGAAAGUUAACUGAGAAAUCAGAUGUGUUCUCCUUCGGGGUCGUGCUUUUGGAGUUAAUCACUGGACGUAAACCCGUGGAUGCAUCCCAACCUCUGGGAGAUGAGAGUCUUGUUGAAUGGGCCCGACCUUUGAUGAGCCAUGCUCUUGAAACCGAAAAGUUUGAUGCUUUAGCUGAUUCCAAGCUCAGAGGGAACUUUGUCGAAUCUGAAAUGUUCAGAAUGAUUGAAGCAGCAGCUGCCUGUGUGCGUCAUUCAGCUACCAAGAGACCUCGAAUGGGCCAAAUAGUGAGAGCUUUCGACAGUCUAGCUGCAGAAGAUCUCAGCAACGGGAUGAAAGUAGGCGAAAGCGAGAUUUUCAACUCGGCUCAGCAGUCUGCAGAGAUCAGAUUGUUUCGAAGGAUGGCAUUCGGCAGCCAGAAUUACAGUACAGAUUUCUUCACGAAUACCACUACUUAUAACAGCAGAGACGAACUCGUGUAAAUACAAGACAUCUACAGAGAACAGAUUGUUAAAGAUCUGUCCUUUUACAUAACACAGUUUUGUCUGAACUCUCUAUUCCGAUUUUUUUUUCAUACUGUAGUUAUGCAGUGUGUUCUUCUCCGCGUCCACCAGGCGCAAGACCUCAAACAGAAUUCUCCUUCUUCUUUCUUUUUUCCUUCUUAUGGGCAUUGGUGAAGAUACGAAUCUGCAAUCCAGAUUCUCCAUUUUUUUCUUCUUUCUUUUGUAUAUAAGGUGAACAAAUGGUGGUAGAGCAAGAAGCUGUUGCAGAAACAGGGGGGGCUACAGUUACAGGGGGAACAUGUGAUGGAACAAGAUAGAAAAACAGAGAGAGGCAAUGGAUAAGAUAUUAUGUCGGGGAUUUCAUGUGUUAAUAUGAAAGUACAUACUAUUGGCACUA